AUGAGCUUUUUCUCGCGGGGAAGCUUCCCUACCAUUCAGACCCGUAAAGCGCUCUUGCUGAUAGAUUUCCAAAAUGAGUUUGUCCGCCCAACGGGCAAUCUCCACGUUCCCAACACGGCCGAGAUCCUCGAGACGUUGCCACCUCUAGUGGCGGCCUUUCGUCAGUCAGGCGAUGUGAUCUGGGUUCGCUCACAGUACGACUCCCCUCAACCCCUGGAGGACUGGAAUUUCGGAGAUCGCAUCGUUCUCGACAAAGCGCGGCGCAAGCGUCCCCAUAGGCCACCCUCCGAUGUGAUCGAGGUCGCCUCGGACCGGGACUCUCCAGAACCGGUGGAUGCGGAAGCUUUCCUGUCAGAUCAUACACCCAGAUGCUGUGUUGGGCAAUCCAAUGGGUUUCAAUUUCCAGCACAGGUGCUCACCACGAUCGAUCCCCAUCGCGAUACGGUGUUGGACAAGACCGGCUAUUCGGCGCUCGAGUCGGCAGGCCUCGUCUUAUCGUUUCGGACGCGUUUCGUGACCGAGCUGUAUCUCUGUGGCUCCCUCUCCAAUAUUUCUGUCUAUGCGACUGCCUUGGAUGCCGUUCGAAACGGGUUCUCGGUAACCCUCGUGGAAGAUUGCCUCGGAUUUCGGGAUUUCCAACAUCACCAGGAGGCCAUGCGGCGCAUGGCAGACAUACUUGGAGCAUCGGGGAUCACUGCACAGGAGCUCUGCCAGGAGCUCGAUUGGCAGGAAACUGAAGACAUUGCGCAACAAAACAGGACCAUGCCCACAAAGCCGUCGGUCACGCCAGGGGAUCCUGUGGGGAUUGAGGAUAUCAUGAAUAGCCUGGAUGUCAUGCAAGAAGACACAGAGCCCACGGCUGAGAAUACCCGCGCUCUUGGUCGAUUGACUUCCCAAUCACGGAGCUCCAGAAUUGCUUCCCGGGGCUCUCGCACCAUCACUGAAGACGAAGGCAAGCCGCAAGUUCGUGCACGUGUGCGUCGCCCGAAGCGCCGGGACUUAACCUCCCAAACUGUGGCUGCAGAGCCGGUCAUGGCAAGGCCCGGUCGCGAGACUCUAGGGGAGGGGGAUUGUCGUAUCAUACCAGAAAUCGACCUGGCCCCAGACACUUUCGAGCGCAUCCGGAAAGAGGUGUCCUGGCAGAAGAUGUACCACCUGUCGGGCCAGGUCCCUCGACUGGUCGCUGUUCAAGGCCAAGUCCAGGCAGAUGGUUCCAUUCCCAUCUAUCGACAUCCUGCGGACGAGUCGCCCAGGCUGGAACCGUUUACACCAGCGGUGAACGAGGCGCGCAUCCUCGUGGAGCGUAUCCUCGGUCAUCCUCUCAACCACGUGUUGAUUCAGCUUUAUCGAGAUGGCCAAGAUUCGAUAUCGGAGCAUUCCGACAAAACACUGGAUAUUAUGCGCGGCUCGUUUAUCUGCAACGUCAGUCUUGGAGCGCAACGUGUGAUGACGCUGAGGACAAAGGUCUCGGCGGCCCAGUCGCACGAACAAGCAAACAACAGUCGCCAAAAGCAAGUGGUCCCUCUGCCACACCGAUCUCUGUUUAUUCUCGGUGAAAAGACCAAUAUGCGAUGGCUUCAUGGUAUCCGGCCAGAUAAACGCGCAGCGGCGACGAAAACUCCGGCGGAGCAAGCCUUUGGUGGUGAGCGCAUCUCCCUAACUUUUCGUUACAUCGGAACGUAUCUGCAUCCUGGGAGGAAUACCAUCUGGGGCCAAGGAGCGGUCAGUAAAUCACCCGAUACGGCUCGAACUGUAAUUCAUGGCGAUGUCUCUGAAACAGAAAGACUCAUUCACGCGUUUGGCCAAGAGAAUCGAGCGACCGAAUUUGACUGGGACGCCUUCUACGGCGCCGGAUUUGAUGUAGUCAACUUUGUGACAACGUCUCCUGCGCCUUUAAUCCUGAGCGGGGACUCGAUCAUGGACCUCCAGGCCCAGCUGGCCCUGGGUGAGAGCGGAAUUCGAUAUGAGAUUGUUGACCACGCCGGAUCACUUGCUCAGGACAUUCCUGCAGAACAAAGACCUUGCUACAUCCACCCCGAUGGUCAAAGAACCACGGGAGCCAUGGCGAUUUUGACCUCUUUGGCCCAACGAUCUCCGGAGUCGAUUCGGCUUGGUCCGGAUGCCAUACAAGGAGGCCAAGCACUUCAAUGGAUCGAAGGGCUCUUGGCGCGCUGGCGCAACCAUUGCGCUACUUUAUCUGAUCAACCAUUUCAAGCGAGCUUGGAGGAGUGCGAGCGAGCUCUUGCGGGGCGACACUACCUGGGAGGUCCAUCAUUAAGCAUCGAUGAUUGCGCAUUUUGGCCCCUGUUGCGCGAGAUCGUGGCAAGGGAGGGGCCAUUGAGCGCUCGUUUCGUCAAUCUGCAGCACUAUCACGCCCGUAUGGAGAAACGUGGGGUUGUCCGGGCCAUCUUGGAAUAG